AUGUCGCAGAAAAUUCUUCUCAUUCAUGGUCCAAAUUUGAACUUGCUCGGUAAACGGGAACCUGAAAAAUACGGUAAUACCUCUAUGAAAGAUAUUGAGCGCAUUUCUCAAGAACACGGCUCGAAACACGAUGCCACUGUCUCUUGCUACCAGUCCAAUCAUGAGGGUAACCUUGUUGACCGUAUCCACGAAGCACAAACCCAGGGGAUCGACUUUAUUAUCAUCAAUGCUGGGGCUUAUACUCACACUUCCAUUGCCUUGAGAGACGCCUUACUCUCUGUAGAAAUUCCAUACAUAGAGUUACAUGUCAGUAACGUCCAUUCUAGAGAAGCGUUUCGCCAUAAAAGUUUUCUCGCGGAUAAGGCCGUUGGAGUGGUCUGUGGGUUGGGUGUGUUUGGGUAUAAAGCUUCCGUAGAGUUUGCUACCCAGUACAAGAAAUAG